GCCUCCGCGACGCGGUCGGGUACAGUAAUAACAUACUAUAAAACUUUGGCAUAUAAAUCACCCUAAUCUCGAAUCACUGCUAGUGAAAUAAAUCAGCCUUCCUUCAGCCCCCCCCCCCUCCUCCCCCUUCUCUCCUCCUCCCCGUCAUCCAUAGCCCCCACCACAUGUCUCAAAAGCCAACCGUUAUCAUUUUCGGAGGAUUAAAUACUUGUUCACGAGCACUCGCAGCAUUGUUAGUCCCACCUGGGGGGGAGAGACUCGUUUCGCACCUUCGCAUCGUCGAUAGAUUUUCCGUUUAUCCGCCCACCACAUAUCUGGGUGCUGAGUUCCCAAAGGUCCUGGCUCAGCCCGAUGUUGAAUAUCGCCAAGCUAAUUUAACUGUUCCAUCUGUUGUCGCAUCUGCCUUCGACCCCCCUCCUGGCAAGGCCCCCUACUCUUACGUCUUUGAUCUCACUGGUGAAGUCAACCAUGACCGCAGUGAAGUCAUCGCCAUUAAAUUGACCUUCACCGUCGCUCGGAUCAUCGGUCUAGAGGCAGCCCGUAGAAAAGUCAAAUCUUACGUACGACUACAGCAACCCGUGUAUGAAACAUCAGACAAGGGUCCUCAUGACGAGAAGGAAGACGUCAAGCCUGUGCGACCAUUAGAUGUGUGGUGGCAUGAAACGCUCCGAAUGCUAGCUUCUAUUGAGGACCUUCCUCUUGUCGUCCUGCGAAUCGGAUUCGUGUAUGGCCCUUACGUCGAAUACGGACUCUAUGCCCUAGUGAUUACCGUUGCGUCAAUCUACGGUUACAUGAACAAACCUAUGAAAACACCAUGGGGCCCGGGAAAAGACGGUGUCAACACAGUUCACAUAGACGAUGUAUCAGGCGGUCUAUGGGCAUGUGCAGAGUGGAUGGCUUCCCUUGGCCGUCAGCAAGCAAAUAUAACUGCAGGAGAGAAAAUUUAUUUUCAUAAUGACAAAUCCAAGGUUAAGGAGAUCGAUGGCGCGUGCGCAUCUGACGUACAACCCAUGGCGCCUGUUUUUAACUUGGUUGACGACUCAGAUAUGACUAUGGCUAAGGGCGGAUCGAUGAUCACAGAAUUCUUCGGAACGACGUUUGAGUUUUACUCGUUCUUUGAAAAUGCUUUAGCCAAGCUUAAACUGGACGACAUCGUCGAAGAGAUUAACGAGCAUCACGUUGGCACCUGGACUGAAAUGCUUCAGACGUCCAACCCCCCGAUCGUACAGACCCCACUCGAUGCCUACAUGGACCAAUGGGCCCUUUCACGACGCAAACUUGCCUACAACAACAGCAAAAUCAAGACAGUCAUCGGAUACAAGCUCGCUCGUCCUCAGUUCACCCACGACGCGCUCCGCGAAGUUGUGGACAAGUGGAAAGCGGAGGGCUCCUGGCCCGCACUCAAGGGCCGUUAGACCAUCUCAUCGGCAACCGUCGGUGCUGUAGCAUUUAUUUGAUGAGUUGCUUUGUUGUGAUUCUACCUGGAAUUUUUUUUCUUUUUUGCUUUUGUUAGCCUUUUCUGUUGCAUUUUAUAGUCGUAUCCAUGUUUUCACGCACCGUGAUCACCCAUCAUGUCACUGUUCAUAUUCGUUGCAUCUUGCUUGUUCGCUAUACAUACUCACUAAUACUCUGGUCAAUAAUGGAUUAAUAUCGUGUUGUA